CUGAGGAACUGAGAAGGAACGGUAUCUGCUGAUAAUAUAAAACAGUAUUUAUAGUUACUCGAAACUAACACUCAACUUCUCUACAGCACUUGCUAGUAAACUGAUCAAAUAAACUCACAAUAGCGAGCAAUUAAACUAUCAUAGGGCGUUACCCAAUAUCACAAGAAGUUCAUCAAGGCUAAUCGUACUAGCAUACACAAAUAGUUCUUUUUUUCAACGGUCUUAGCAUGAAGCUGAACACAGCGUGCUUGGGCGAGUAGAAUAAAAUCUACUUGCUUCCAGGAUAUGCACGCCCCGUAACAAUGUUAACGCCAGACAUCGAACUUGUUUGCGCGAAUGGGCCCCCAGCAGUUAAGAGAUAGCGACGCCCUUGAGAAGGUUUGAGGUUGUAUUGCCUCCUCCGUGUGCGGGCUACUUAUUGGGGGUGGCUACGCGCUGCUACAGCUGAGCACCCUUGUUCGACAACCCCUUCGAGCUGUGUGGGGUUGCGAUCCAGCCACCCCCCAUAACAAAGUACUUACAAGAUCGGUUCCUGACUAAGUUACAUGUCAUCUUCUGCUCAUCCGUAGAACUUCGACGGCGACGAGGCUAUGGAGCUUCAGAGACUAUCGCGCUUCUUACGAUCACCACACAAGCUGUAUACCUGGCAGACACUAUUCUCCCUCUUCCAUCUUGCACUGAACAAACAUAUCAUCAUCAUCGAAUAUCUCAGGCAAUACUUAUCAGAAUGUUCAGCCAUCAGAUGUGGCGCCUGCUCUCAUGCAUUCUACUGCAGGCAACGAGAGUACUCGUAGGCGCCGCCACGCCCAUCGACCCCUUCGGGCUCUACGCUUACGGGCCCGGGAUCAGCGGCGCCCGGGUCUUCUAUUCCAACGAGCUGGCUUUCAUCGGCAACCAGACGCAAAUAGAUGACGAAGAAGCCGCUAGUGUCUUGUUCAACAAAUGGGGUCCCAAUAACGAAUUAAUCGCCAAUCCGGAGGGAGGAUCCUCUCCCCCGUCAUGGUCGAACAAAGCAUUCUACAUCCCGGCCGCGCGAUCCCCAUCGCACGACGUCGGCUUCACGCUAGAGCCUGACACAGACAUGGACACGUCUGGAUUCAUAUUCUACGGCGCAACGAUGCUGCACGCGAGCAGCGGGGAUAAUAAUCUGCGUAGUCUGUGGUAUGCGGUGCCGACGCGGUAUGAGAAGGUGUGGUCCUUGCAGUGGAAUACCACGGGCGAUGGCCAUGUAGCUGUUACGCUGAGAAAGGUGCCGCCUGCGAGGCCAUUUCGCGAUUUGGAAGAUGAUGUUGGGAUGUGGCUUCAAGCGUAAUCAGGUAGGUAGGCAGGUAGGUAGAAAUGGUGAGAUGGAUCUUGAUGGCACAGGCGGUCGUUUAAUUACAGGUGAUGAAUGUAUAUGAAUAAUGAAUGAUAAAACCAGCGUCUCAUUCAAAACUGAUAGAAUCGAAACUCAAUAUAGCUGGGAAAUUGGAAGGCAUCAGGCCUAUUUUCGGUUCUGCUUUUCUUUCUUUCUUUCUUUUCCCCUUCUUCCUUCAUCUAUAUUCCAGUUUGAAAUAAACUACAGUAUUUUGUGAUUUAACAUCGGUGAGUGGUUACCUC